GAAACUUUUUACCGUUUGGUUGGGAGCGCGCAUCGCGGCACAUUUAACACAAUUUAUAUCGCCUAGGCCGAUGUUUCACUUUUUGGUUGUUUUCUUUCGCCACCAAUAAAUUACAUCGAGUUUUUCUGCUUCUGUUUUUCGAGCGCGCGCCAAACUUGUAAAGGAAUAUAAGGAAUAAAAACAAAAAAAAAAGACAAUUUUCUCGUCGUGUUUUUCUUUUGUCUCUAACUGUGAAUGGUAACUGUAAAGUGUCAGUGUUUUUGUUUGUGUGUGUGCGAAGACAGCACAACAAGAAAUCGCAACAGCCACAAACAACUGUAACAAUUAUUAAUGCCAACUAAAAACUCCAAUUAAAAAAGAAAAAAAAAAUUACAUUUGGAAAAAUAUUCCAAUUUGUCUGUGUGUGUCUGUGUUCAGAUCGGGAUCGGGAUCGCAGCAAAUGCCCCCCAGCACCCAACAGCCACCCACUCGACAACAACAACAACAACGGCCUACUCAUGAAAUGCAAAAGUUGGUCCAAUAAAAUCAACAAUUUUGUUGUGCGAAGAAUAAAAUUCAUAAAGAAUAACGGUACACAGCAGUUGCAAUCGCCAAGCAGCGCAGCUAGCAUCGCAGCUGCCGCCGCCGUUGUCGUCUCUGCCUCGAGCAGCAGCGCAACCGCCACCAACAACAGCAGCAGCAUUGAACAUCACCAACAACAACAACAAGUGAACAACAUUGCUGCACCCGCAACAGCAACUGCAGCAACAAUAACUACAACAGCGGCAACAAUGCCGGCAAUGCCAAAAGAAAAAGCAACAACUGCCGUCUCCUUAAGCGAAUCAAAUUUCCCGGCACUGAAAUUCAAAGAGUAUAACGUUGCUGUCGGCGCAAUGGCAACGACUGCAACGCGUAUGCAACAACAGCAACAGCAGCAACACACAUGUGGCUGUGGCGCCGCAUCGGCAACAUCAGCAACAAACACAGAGAACAACAAUAAUAAUAAUAACAACAACAGCAACAACAGUCGCUACAGCAGACCGAGCAACAUGUAUCUGACAAACGGCUUCACAUCCCCACUGGCAGCAGCUGUAGCCAGCAACAACAGUUCAUCAGUCGUCUCAACGCCGCAGCGUAUCACAAUGUGCUGUCGCGAAUCGCCGUUGUAUCAACGCCAGCUACAACAACAACAGCAGCAACAACAACAGCAACAUCAUCAUCAUCAGCAGCAGCAGCAGCAGCAUCAGCAACAAAGACAACACCAGCAAAAUCAUCAUCAGCAGCAGCAGCAGCAACAACAAGAACAACAACAGCAAACGUCAUCAACACCGCCAGCCCAGCAACAACAAGUACAGCAACAAACGCCGCCGCCUCGAAGGUCACCAACCGAUUUCUUCUUUGGCCGUUAUAUUGGCGAGGGCAGCUUUAGCAUGGUUUACCUGGCAGUCGAUAUUCACUCGCGGCGCGAGUAUGCAAUCAAAGUGUGCGAGAAGCGUUUAAUACUGCGAGAGCACAAACAGGAUUACAUAAAGCGAGAGCGCGAAGUGAUGCACAUGAUGACCAAUGUGCCCGGCUUCGUGAAUCUCUCGUGCACGUUCCAAGACCAGCGUUCCCUCUACUUUGUGAUGACAUACGCCCGGAAGGGCGACCUCCUGCCCUACAUCAACCGCGUCGGUUCCUUCGAUGCCGCCUGCACCCGCCACUAUGCCGCCGAGCUGCUGCUCGCCUGCGAACACAUGCAUCGUCGCAACGUUGUCCAUCGCGACCUGAAGCCGGAGAACAUCCUCUUCGACGAGAAUAUGCACACGUUGAUUGCCGACUUUGGCUCCGCCAAGGUGAUGACGCCCCGUGAACGCAUUCAGGCGGCAGCAAUGCUCGCCAGCAGCAGCAGCGCCUGUGAUCAUCCAGCUGGUGGACAGCAGCCGCAGCGAAGACGUCAACAGCAGCGGCAAUCGGCACGCAGCUCCGACGAUGAUGAUGAGGAGGAGGACAGCGAAGAGUUGGACGAUGAUCUGUACGAUGAUGAUGAUCAGGAUGAUGUAGAUCGUCGAUUUGACUAUGGCGAUGAUGAUGAUGACGAUGAUAAUGUGGAUGAGCCCACAACAAGGACGACGACGACAUCUUCGGCGGGUGGGGAUGUGGAUGCAGCCGGUUCGCCGCGCAAUCGUCACUUCCGUUAUCCCAAUAUGCGGAGUAGACGUGGCAGCUUUGUGGGCACCGCUCAAUAUGUGUCACCGGAGGUGCUCCAAAAUGCGCCCAUCACGCCUGCCGCUGAUCUGUGGGCGCUAGGCGUCAUUGUCUACCAGAUGAUCUCGGGAUUGCCACCGUUUAGAGGCAGCAACGAUUAUGUCAUCUUCAAGGAGAUUCUCGCCUGUGCCGUUGACUUUCCGCAGGGCUUCGAUAAGGAUGCCGAGGAUCUGGUGCGUCAACUGCUGAAGAUCGAUCCGCGGGAGCGUCUGGGCGCCCAGGAUGAGUUUGGCUACUACGAGAGCAUUCGGGCGCAUCCCUUCUUCGCCGGCAUUGAUUGGCAGACGCUGCGCCAGCAGACACCGCCUCCCAUCUAUCCUUAUUUGCCCGGCGUCAGCCAGGACGAGGAGAUACGCACCACCAACGGUGGCACCACCAGCUCCUCUGCCUGUCUGCCCAUCAGCGGUGAUCUCGAACCGGGUCUGGAUGAGCGGCAGGUGACGCGACUACUCAGCGCCAUGCUGGGAGUGGGCAGCAGCACCGCGGAACCCGCCCACAAGCCCUCGACGGCAAAGAAUUCCUUUGAUUUGAGCGAUGCACAGAAGCUGCAACGCUUGGAGGCACAAAAGACUGACAAGUGGCACGUGUUCGCCGAUGGCGAGGUGAUCCUUAAGCGUGGGUUCGUCAACAAGCGCAAGGGUCUCUUUGCCCGCAAGCGGAUGCUGCUCCUCACCACUGGACCCCGCCUCAUCUACAUCGAUCCCGUGCAGAUGAUCAAAAAGGGCGAAAUUCCCUGGAGUCCCGAACUGCGCGCCGAGGUCAAGAACUUUAAGAUCUUCUUCGUGCACACGCCGAAUCGCACCUAUUAUUUGGACGAUCCCGAAGGCUAUGCCAUACAGUGGGCGGAGGCCAUUGAGAAUAUGUCGAAAUUGAGCUACGGCAGCAGCGAUGCAGAUUCGACUGGAACGGGAACGGGAACGACUGGAACUGGAACUGGAACGAGCAUCUCAUCGUUUGCCAGCAGCAAUAGUUUGGCGCCCAUUUCCUCCUGCACUGCUGCUGCAAACAACUCGAAUUCACCCGCCUCCAACAACAGUUCGCCAACAGCGCGGCGCAGUUCGCCUGCGCAGCGGCAAAAUCAAAUACAACAACAACAACAGCUGGAAGCAACAGCGAUAGCAACAACAGCAACAGCUACAACAACAACAACAACAUCACCGACAACAGCGCGGGGUAAAAAGACAGCGUCCAACUGAAGAACACGUGUCUCGCCGCUUGUCGCCUUAGAUUUAAAUGCAAAUUAAAUUCUAAUUUAGUUGAAAUUUAGUGCAAAAACAACAAAAACAAAAACACAACUAGAAAACAUAUACAGAUAUACACACACACACACUGAUAUAUGUAUAUAUAUAUAUAUUUAUUUAUAUAUAUAUAUAAAUGCAAGAAUUGUGUCUAGUGCUAAUUCUAAAAUUGUUUAUAAACACACACAAACACACAUGGCAUAUAUCAAAUAUCAAUUUUUUUUUGGUUUGUUGUGUUCAAUUCUGUGCAUACAUAUAAAAUACAUAUAUAUAUGUAUAUAUAUAUAUAUGUAUAUAUAUAUUAAUAUAGAGCAAGUAAUAAACGUAAAGCGUAAGUUUGGCAAAGAAUAGUUAA